GAAAGCAGUCAGGACUUUGCUCAGUGAAACCAAGAGACUAUCAGUAUGUCGGGGAAGCCAGUGCUUCACUACUUCAAUGUGCAGGGUAGGAUGGAGUCCAUCCGAUGGCUCUUGGCUGCAGCGGGAGUAGAGUUUGAAGAGAAGUUGAUAAUGUGUCAAGAAGAUUUGGACAAGUUAAAAAAUGAUGGGCUUCUGAUGUUCCAGCAAGUACCCAUGGUGGAGAUGGAUGGGAUGAAGAUGGUGCAGUCAAGAGCCAUUCUCAACUACAUCGCCACCAAAUACAACCUCUAUGGGAAAGACACGAAGGAGAGACUCCUGAUCGAUAUGUAUACAGAAGGAAUGACAGAUUUAUAUGAACUGUUCUUUAAAGUGAUAUUAGCUCCCCCAGAGGAGAAAGAUGCUGCAAAAUCUUUGAUUAAAGACAGAGCAAAGAAUCGUUUCUUGCCUGCCUUUGAAAAAGUAUUGAAGAGCCAUGGACAAGGCUAUCUUGUUGGCAACAAGCUGAGCAAGGCUGAUAUUCUGCUGACUGAACUUUUGUACAUGGUUGAAGAGUUUGACGCCAGUCUUUUGGCCAACUUCACCCUGCUGCAGGCUCUAAAAACUAGAGUCAGUAACCUGCCUAAUGUGAAGAAGUUUCUGCAGCCUGGCAGCCAAAGGAAGCCAUUUCCUACUCAAGAAAUGUUUGAAGAAAUGAGAAAGAGGUUCAAGUUUUAAUAUGGGUGGUACUGACCAAGCCAUGCAUAACAAAUUUCUAAAUUUUACGGCAAUAAAAUUUUUGUGUAAAUAU